GUCAGCAUCAGGCAGCUGCAGUGGUCUGCAGAAAGAAAACAGGAACAAGAUCGUGGCAGACAUGGACUUGCAUUGUGAUUGUAAUGAUAUUUCGGCUUCUGAACAACAAACUGGCAAGAUAAGUAAGACAGCAUUUAAAUUAUUUGGGAGGAAGAAAUCAGGGGGCACCAUGCCUAGUAUUUUUAAUCUGAAAAACAAAGGGGAUAGGAAAAGCUCCUUGAAAAUGGGGCUUGUUAGAAGCAAAACGCAUGAUGGAAUUGCUGAUAUGGGACUGGAAGUGAGCAACAAGGAAGAAUCUUUGAGUAAUUAUCAACUGGACAAUGAUUCCAGUACAAAAAUUGUCAACAGUAUGAGCUUUGCUGCUGCUGGUUGCGGACCUAUUGCUAAGUCUCACAGCUUUUUCUCUUUACUAAAAAGGAAUAGUAGGUUAGAAAAUGGCAAGGGAGAGUCAGUACAUUCAAACUCUGAGCAGGUGAAGGAAAAGAGUUGCAACAGACAAAAGAAAGGACUGAAAGGGUUGUUCAGCAGCAUGAAAUGGCAUAAAAAGGACAAAAUUAGUAAAGAGGAAAAAGAUGAGUACCUGGAAAUCCAUGGCACUAUUACACUGCCUAGUUCUUUGACUGCCAGCUUGGAAUGUGUGAAAGAAGAGACACACAAAUCUUGCUCUGAACAUGAAAGUGCUGCAUUGGAAAUGCAGGACAAAUUAUCAUGUGAAUUGCAGAAUGAUAAUGAAGCCACCUUCACUGAGGAAUCAAAACACGCAAAUAGUGGCAAGUGCCUUCCAGAAUUAUGUAAAGAUUUGGAGAAAGCUGCCACUGACCACCAGUUAUUGGACCAAGAUUCUAAUGUCAAGGCAUUUGAACAGCUGGAGGAAAAACAGGAUGGAGGAUUGACUGAUGUGGGGCAGGAUGUACAAGAAGAAGGUAUUUCUGUAACUGGAUCCGAAUCUCAUCACACUCCUGAAGCUUCAACACUUUGUGCACCCAAUAAUGAUCCAUCCUCGGAACAAUCAAUUGAUCGAAUUUGCUUAAUGUUUUCUGAUGUUACAUCUUUAAAGAGCUUUGAUUCAUUUACAGGGUGUGGGGACAUUAUUGCUGACCAGGAUGAUGAAGGGAAUGUCUGUGAAAAAGGAGCUCCUGCAGAAAAGGGAAAGGGUGGUGCAAAGAAAUGCUCAAAUAUUCUGACUUAUCAAGGUGGAGGAGAGGAGAUGGCAAGCCCAGAUGAAGUUGAUGAUGAAUAUCUGCAAGAAUUUUGGGACACACCUCCAUCAACUGUUGAGCCUCUUAAAGAAAAACAGGACAAGACCAUGGCUGACCAAACACCAUGGAUGGCUUCAGAAAUUCCAAUUUGCCUUGAUGAAGCAGCAGAAGGGACCUUAGUCAAACAACUUACUUUGAAUGAUAUUUCUAAAACUAAAAAUGAUAAUGAAGACACAAUGACCACCAACAGUGAUCAAGACUGUGUCCCAAACAGUGAUGAGGGAUAUUGGGACUCCACAACCCCUGGACCUGAUGAUGAAAGUGGGAAAACACUUGCUACCAGGGCAAGUAUUCCAAGAGACAGUUACAGUGGAGAUGUUCUGUAUGAUCUGUUUGCAGAUGUAGAUGAAAGUUUGAUAAGUAUUGUUUCAGAUGAAGAAAUGUCCUCUGUAUCUGAACCUAAAAUCCGGUCUCCAAAACCUCUUGUGCCUGCAUCCAACAUUACUGCAUCCAACGUUACUACAAUUUCCAAGGAGAAGAAUGUAUCUGCCAUUCCCAGACACAGGGCCACUUUAACUGCACGACAGAGCGAAGCAAAUCAUACUUCCUGGCCUCAGACACAUCAACAGUUGGUAGGAUGCGAGCCUGCAAGAACCAAAAUUCCUGUUGCUAAGACAUCAAUUCCUAGACCUAAUAACAAAGGCAUCAUUGGGACAAAUGCAAAUGUCUUGGCAACCAAAGGAAAUGCAAAAAAAUAGUCUCAGAAAAUCUACUGUUGGAAAAUUAAAAUGUGCAUGUUACAUCAGUCCAGAACCGUGUAUUUGUAAGGAUAAGCACAAUGGUGUGAUAUUCUGUUUGCACUCGUAAUGUUUACACUGUGCAACAGAACUUUUAUCACUUGGCAAAGAGUUUCUCCUGUGAUGUCAUAGAAUCGUGCCUAGAAACAUUAAGCAAUUUGAAAUUUUAAGAAGCACAGAUACAACAAGCAAAAUUUAUAGCUCACAAAUGCUUCUUAGGAAAGAAAACAAUUGUUUGACACACAAAAUUUUAAACAGCUAAUAUGAACAAGAAAGGGCUUUGUGAGGGAAUACAAAAUAUAUUUGUGAAACAGCGAAUGAGAAAUUGAACCAAAUCUUAUACAUGUUUAUGAUGAACAAUAGACACCAUUUUGCUAUCUUUUGUUUGGAUGAUAUUCUUCAAAAGAUGAACAUGAAUUUCCACCAAUACAAAGUACAGCAGAGGAAAAACCUGUGAUGUGAUGGUGCCUAAAGCCAAUCCAUUCUGGGAUCAGAUUGUGUUGAUCCAUUGGACAUUUGUGAUUCACAGAAGAAGAAAAGAAACUGAUAUGUAAAAUGGGUUACAUAAUUAUGAUCAGGGAAUGAUUACAUAAUCAGGCCAGCUUGUAUUCUCAUCCCAGAGAAAACACUUCAAUGUAUAGAAUAAUGGUAAAUAGCACAACAUUUAUUCCCUUGAAGCUACUUUUGAAAGGGAGAGAAAUCUGCCUUUCUAUAUUGUUUUAUUGCCUUCAUAAAUUUGAUUCCUUUUGAAUUUUCAGUCUGCCAAUGCUUUUUGAAUAAGUAAAUCUGAGUGCUCUUAUUUUCCACAUGUAGUGGCGAUAAAAUAUGAUCGAGUGAAUGACCACCAGAAAUGUUCUCAUAAUGGGGGCAGAUAAUGUACGAUUAAACAACUUAGAGAUAUUUUCUAAUCAACUGUUCAGAGAUGUUAUUAUACAGCUCUGGAGCAUAUGGGACUUGAUCCUGGGUCUCCUGGCCCAGAGGUGGGGACACUACAAUUGUGCCACAAGAGUCCCUUAUGCAACUUAGAUUGUUCCUUCCAAAAUUUUCUGUACACUCAUUGUUUAAAGUUUAUAUAGUGAGUGGAAUUGAUAGUCAUAUAAUUUUUUUUAUAUUAGUCACGUUGUCGUGUAUCUAUUAUUUUUGUUCAGUAAUUGUGACAGAGACCAGCUUAUGCAGAGGAAGAAAUGGAUACUAUUUAAAUUAUAUUUGUACUACAGUCUCCAGUCCAACAGUUUAAAAUUGUUCUUAUCUAUUUGCAGAAAACAUACUUCACAAAAAUCUGGUCUGUUAAACUUCUUUCUUUCCUUGUUUAGAUUUUUUUUCCACUUGGGACACUGGUCUAGGAAAUGAUCCCAGUGCCUGAGUGGAAAGGCCUAAGGCGAAAACAAAAUUUGACCUCAGGCCUCAUUUAAAUGAUGUAGAUGAGCUGCUGACUUCUGCUUAGGUCCCAAAGCAUUUUGCUGGUGAGGAGGAUUUCAAUGUUUGCAAUAGUCCUCAAUAACCUGAGGAUGGGGAGGAACAAAUGGGGGAUCGAUAUGGGAAGGAGUGAGGUAAGGGGGCAGUUGGAUAUGGUAGAUACUAACAACCUUUGGAGCUACUCUGUAGGUGUAUAUUUAGGUAAAUAAUGAGUGCAAUGACACGUAUGCCAUUUUUUAAUGUUUAAUGCCUAUUUUGUCCAUUACAAAGGACUGCAUAAUUUAAAUUCUAAGCCUCAAUCUGAAAAAAAAAUCAAAUAUACAUAGAAAAUAAAAAGGGCCAACCCUAAAACAGCAGGAGAAUGAAUCGUGAGGCACCUUAAAAUAAAAGUAUUCAAGAGUAAAGUUAGUAGAAAGAUAAUGCUGCCAUUUCAUGGUUAGUACAGGGGAGCAACAAUAUGAGCUAAAUUCUAUAUUUAUCUCAAUAAAAUGAUGUCAGAAAACCAGUAACAGAUAUGGGGGCUGGAUCUUACAUCUCCCAGCACACUGAGGGAGGUGGAACAGAAACUGCAUGCUCUAUUUGCUCCUGUCCCUGCCAUCUGGUAGGAAGGAAGCCAAUUAUAAAUGCACAGGAGGCUUUCUUCCCAAACAAUUUACUCUAUCUCUUAUUCCCUUUCAACCUUGCAGCUAUUAUCAGAUGCAACAAGCUAGAGGUCUUGUGAAUUUGGAUUACUGGGAAAAUAAAUCUUGGAUUGAAUUUUUUUGUUGCAACUAUAUUCACAGAUGGAAAUGAAAAACACCUUGAUGUGAAUAAAUAACUUGUGGAUUCUGAGAAACUGGUGCAAAGGAAGGCUCUGUGACAAUUCGCCUUUUGGGCUGGGAUGUUUUGAGGUGGAAGGGUAAUGCCAUGGUCCUGACUAGAAUUUCAUGUCUCCCCACUCUCCGAAUCAGACUUUAUUAUUCAUUCCAUACAUAACCAUUUUCUAAAAAUGUAACCUCCUGCAGCAGAAUUUGCUAGUACUAUCAAUCACAGCAGGUUUUUUCUACUGUACUUGUGCCAUCUCACUGUAGCUUCCCUUAAAAUCUUCCAAAUCUUUUUAUAUUCGACUCCUCAAUAAUGUAGCAGGCAAUGAAGAAUUGUGGGUGAAUGGCUUACUAAUGAUCUUAAUGGCUCAUUAACAAAUGAUUUCAAAAUGGUAGGUGGGCUAAUGAUUUCAGGAGACAUUGGCACCGCAAUUGGAGACCUGCUUGAUGAUAUCAGAUUGCUGACCUGACACCAUGAUGUUGAAUGCUUUUAUCUGCACAUGGGGGCAGUGUGUCUCAUUUGGGAAUGUAAAAUCCAGCCAAUGGUCUGCUAAUUUAUCAAAUAGAAUUAUAACAUUCCUUUAACUUUAAAAAAAACAUAAAGAGCUGAUGACUAUAGUAUGUGGCUCUGCAUUGGAAAUGAAGUUAAAAUGUUCAAUUUUUAAAAAUUAAUCAUUGUGAAACUGUACUAGCCUCCUUACUAGGAAAAUGAGAAGUACAUAUACACAGCAAAAAUGUACCUGCUGCUGGCUAUUUGGAGAGCUAUUAGGCAGAGGCAGAGGAUCAGGUCUCCUUCCAACCAACAAUUGAAAGUAAUGUGAAAGAAAGUCCUUAAAAGAGGAGGAAUCAAAUCACAUUGGCAAAUAUGUUAGUCAUCUAUUGGUUGACUUAGUUCAAAUGAAAUGUUACCCUGUAUCAUACUGCCUGCUAAGGAGUUUGAUGUUCUGAGCUAAUGUUGAUCAUGGUUGUAACGAGGAGAACUAAAAUGAGGCUACCUUACCUUGGUAAAAUCAGUUAGGUUACCCUGAGCCCAGUCUUCAAAUGGCUUACUUUAGAUUACUUCUAAAAUGAUUAGUUUACUUAUUUUACAAAAUUUCUACAUGUAAUUGGCUGAGGUUACUAUUAAGAACUCUCCUUCUCAAUCUCUCCCAAGGCAUGGUGACCCUCAGGUUAAACCACUAGUCAUCUCUCUCUCUAAUGAGAGGGCAGCCCUAUGGUCUGGUAGGACUUUGGUGACUUUUACUUUUUACUUUUACAUGUAAUUGGAAUAGCCAAUUGUAAACUUAUGCCAACAACUUUGUUAUUGUGAUGUUAUUGGUUGGUUCAGAUUGUGAUUUCAAUGGACACUAGUCAGUUUGCCUCUACUGCACUGAAAUAAAAUAAAAGGAAUGACUAGCAUUUAUAUAAUGCCUAUUACAUUACUCAGAAACGACUGAAAGUAUUUGCAUUCAAUUGAUUACUUUGAAGAGCAACAACUCUUCCUCUACAGACAACUGAAACAGCCAUUUUGCAUGCAGCAAAAUCACACAAAUAUCAUUGAGAUCGAUAGUCCGUUAAUCUAUUUUUGGUGAUUUUGAUCUUGGGAGUGAUAUUUAGGAAGGCACUGAAAUAAUUCUUCACUUUUCUGUGAAUAGUGUCACAGGAUCUUUAAUAUCUACCUAUAGAAGCAGGCAGACUUGGUUUAGCAUUUUCUAUAAAUGAUUGCAUUUCCAAUAGUGAAAUUGUGCUACUGUACUAUGCUGAAUUGUCACACUGUGUGCUUAAAUCCUGGAGUGGGGUUCCAAUCCAUAACCUUUUGACAUUGAGACAAAAGUGCUACUAACGCAUUCAAUGCUAUUGAAUACAUUGUGUUCUUUUAUCAAGAAGCAAUGUCUAAUGAACCUGAAUUGGCUCCUAAACAGCCUACACAUUUUUCUUUUGGGUGCAUCAUGUAGAACAAUGCAUCAUAUAAACAAUGUAAAGGUGCCCAUCUUUAUGUUUGAGUUCAAGAAUAGUUUGACAUUUCUGUCUACUGACCAUUUAUUUGUCCAGCUAUGUUAGGCCUCAUUCACUUUCCUCUACCAUCAGAUGUUUGUUCUAAUCCUCCAAUUUAGAGCAUUUGAAUUACAUCAAACUUAAUUUAAAUUUAAAAGGUUUUGAAAUUCAGCCUCUAUAAAUUCAAAACAAAUCUCACUUCCUCCUUGGAUUUUGUUCUGAAUUUGUCUUUUUUUCAUUUUUUGUCUUUUUCUUCAGAAGCUUGUUAAUCACUGUUGUCAUGGACGUUGUAUUCAGUUAAUGUUACAUUGUAUCAGAGUAUUCAGAGAUGUAAGGGUGCCGUCUGGGUUUAUUGAUUUUCUUUUUUUUCCUCACCCUUUAAGAAAACAUCUUCUCCAAAACUAUUUUCCCUUGAAAAGCAAAAUUGUUUUCUGCAGUCUAAAUUUUAAACUCUGAUUAGUUAAAAUGGGACAGUGUUUUUAUUCUCCUUCAUGUAAAUGAAAUGUUACAGACAUCUAUUAAUAGGCUUAAAGUAGGUCAGCAAAACUAGUGUAUACUCCUAAAAGGCAAAGGGACUAUUCGUAUCGUCAAGUGAUCAUGGCCAACAAGUUAAGAAGGAGUCAUGGAAGCACAGAAUGUUUGUGUGUCAGAUGGAUGAAAUAUAAUAGAAAUGAAAGAAAAAUAGAAGUGUGGUUAUUAAGAAUCAUUCAUGAUGUUCACAUUGCACUCAAGUAAGCACUUUUGAAGCGUUGUCACAGUUGUAAUGUAGGAAACAUGCAGUCAAUGGUAUGCAGCAAGGUCCCAGAGCAGGCAACCUUUGAGUUGUGGGAAGGGCUGAACACUGGCCGACACAGCUGGGAGAAUGUCCCAAGUUUCUUUUAAUGAUAUACAAGAGGAUCUUUUCUUUCUAAUUGUCUGGCUAGAUAGGAUCUCAUUUCAACAUCUCAUCUGAAAGUUGGAACCUCCAGCUCUCUUUUAGCACUGCACUGGGGUAUCAGCCUAGAUUUACUGCUCACAAUCCCUAAGCCCACAACCUUCUGUCAGGUGACAGAUUUACUAACUAAAUUAGAGUGGAUACCAGACAGAAAGUAAAAUGGAUUAAAUUCAGGAGCAUGAGUGUUAUAUAGUAUAAACAAUAAAGAGAAAUAAAUAAAGAAGAGCUGGAAAACUGAAUAUAUAAAAUUUUAAGGAAUUUAAAACUAACAGUAAUAGUUUAGUGAAUAUAUUUUUAAAAAGUGGUAAAAGGGGAUAAGGUACCUUUAAAAUCGAAUCAGAGAUAGUAGGAACUGCAGAUGCUGGAGAAUC